AUGGGCAAAUAUCGGUGGUUGAUCAUCUUUGAAUUUGAAAAGAAAUCGUAUUUAGUAACAGUGGACUACUACUCGAACUUCUUCGAAGUUGACAGCCUUGAAAAAUUGACAUCACUGGCAGUCAUAAAGAAACUAAAGCCCCAUUUCGCCAGGUUCGGUAUUCCAAAUACUCUCGUGACAGACAACGGCUCACAAUUCAUCAGUGAUGACUUUCGAGACUUCUCUAUGAAGUACCAAUUUGAGCAUAUAACGACCAGUCCCUAUCACCACCAAUCCAACGGCAAAGCCGAAUCUGCCGUCAAGCAAGCCAAACGAAUAAUUCGAACAUGCAAAUCAUCAAACGAUGACAUUUACCUUGCCCUUGUUGCCCACCGAAACACCCCCCAAACAACCCAUGAAACAAGCCCCGCACAACGACUGUUUAACCGCCGAACAAAGACUCCCUUGCCCGUCUCGGAGAAGUUGCUCCAACCGAAGAUAAAUUCGCAAGCAAACAAACGCAUCCAACAAAGACAACAGCUCCAAAAGAAAUACCACGAUCGUGGCGCAAAAGAGCUCAGCCCGUUGCGGAAAGGAGAAGUGGUGAGACUACAGCCAACCCGAAUCGGCAAAAAGAAAUGGAAGAGAGGGAUAGUCGUACGCAAAGCCGGGAUAAGAUCAUAUGAAGUCCAAUGCAAAGGGUAUAUCUAUACUAGAAACAGAAAAUUCAUCCGACGAUCAAGGUUACCUGCAGAAUUCGGUAGUGACAACGCAGAUGAAAAGAUGUCAGACAUGUCCGAAGCGGAAGAGAACGUUUCUGUACGUACUGACAAUGAUCUACCCCAAGAAAACCCUCAACCAGCACACUUAGAACGCAAUGAAACAAGUACCGAAACAAGUUCUACAAGCAAAACCCGUAGUGGACGGUUAGUUAAAAAACCUGACAGGCUAGGCAUAGACACAUAA